AUGGCAUGGCCUGCACAAAUGGUGGUUGAACCAGGAGACGAGAUCUCGGGUCUGCCUGAAGAGGGGAACGGCCAACCAGCACCAACGGGCACCAGAACAGGACCGGCUUCUUCCCUGGAGAACCAGGAGGGCAGGGGGCAGCAGGGGUUCGAGGGUCCCGAGAAGACUCUUGAGAUCGAGUUCGAGCCGGACGUUGGGCACGAGGAAGGUCUCAGGGCCAUCAGGAGGGAGCAGUGGGAUGCCAUACUGGAGCAGGCGCAGUGCCACAUCCUGCACCAGCGAGGAAACGACCACUUCGACUCGUACGUGCUGUCGGAGAGCAGCCUCUUCGUUUACAAGAGCAAGCUCGUGCUCAAGACCUGUGGCACCACCACCCUCCUAAGGUGUCUACCGCUACUGACGGUGGUAUCGAAGAACUACGGGCUGAACCUGGAGUGGAUAGGGUACUCGAGGAAGAACUUCACGUUUCCAACGGAUCAGACCUACCCGCACACCUCAUUCGCGGAAGAGGUGGAUUUCCUUCAGGGGAUGUUCUCGGGCUCUGCCUACGUGCACGGGCCUUUGAACAGCGACCACUGGUACACGUAUGUGGCCGACGACUGCAAGAAGUCAACCAAUGCGGCUGCCGACAGGACCCUGAACAUGAUGAUGUACGACCUGGAGCCGGAGGUGGCUCAAAACUUCUACAAGACGGACAAAAUCCAAACCGGCGAAGACGUGUCGUCGCGAUCAGGAAUAAAGAGCGUGCUGCCAAACGCAGCCUUGCAGGACCACCUGUUCGAGCCGUGCGGGUACAGCAUGAACGCGCUCGAAGGCCAAGCUUACUACACCGUUCACGUGACCCCUGAGCCCGACUUCAGCUACGCCUCCUUCGAGACGAACGUGCGCUUGCCGGACUACGAUGCCCUCGUGAGAGGGGUUUUGGAGGUGUUUCGACCAAGGAAGUUCACCAUGACACUUUUCGGGGAAGAUUCGGGGAUAGAGGACAUCAAACAGAGUCCGUUCGACUACUCGGAUAUCGCCUGCGGUCCCACAAGCGCUAGCUCCACCAGCGCGCGCUACGAGCGAACGCUCAAGACGACCACCAACUUCUCUGGAGACUACUUUAGUCAGAUGGGGAACUGGGUGAGGGAACAGUCGGCGGCGGCGGCGGCGACGCCAACAUGAUCCCAGCCAGCUGUACGAGACCAGCCCGAGGUCUUUGGCGCUGGUAUGAGCACUUAACUCUGUAGCCGGUAGUGUAGUAGCCACCUGCGGUUGUCUUGGAUGUCAGAGACGGACAGGGGGGAGCUUAACUCGCUCCUGCCCUACAAGUACAAGGUAGGGAUCCGAAGGGCGGUGCGAUGAUAAAAUGUUAGUUUCCGUGUGGGCAGCUUCGAAAAAAGGUUACCCGAGCCUAACGGGGUUCCGAUAGUUGAUCCGACUGAAAGCCUUUCCCAAGCGGUGCUCCGCAUGCUUCAAAGUUGCGAUGGCGUGAGGGGACGGAUUUUUGUCGCAUCCCAGUGGUCCAUUAGACCUUGAUCGUCGUGUGCAUGCGGUGAAGGGUGGCAAUAUAGCUUGGGGUAUGUAGGUCCUGCAAUCGGUACACUAGCAUACCUUUAGAGCCAACUGCCGUGCCUGUCUCAGUUUUGGGGGGGGAGAAAAUCCCUCAAGAAGGCGUGCCUGUGUGCGGGAGACACGCAUAACCGUUGUUGCAUACGCACAGGAUGCUUGUACGCCCGGUAGUAGCGAUGCCGAACGGCAGCAGUGCUGGUGUUGAUGUUUCAAGGGCGACUUCUCUUGAGGUAGAGGACGCUUGCGACUUCGUUGCUGAUCACUUGCUGGCCUCUUGAGCCUGCUGGCGCAAGGCUGGCUCUCUAGGGAAGGCGUCUGGUGCGUAUCGCCACUCAUCUCUCCGUCUUUUUAUGAUAAGUGUCUGGCCGGGUGGUGUCAUGCAGUAAGCAACCUUUGCAUUCCCGAAAAUUUUGCGCACCACGCGAUUGCCUGUGUAAGGGUCGUCUGUGUGUGUGUGUGUGUGUGUGCCUGUUAC